AUGGCUGUGAAAACUCACUUUACAGAUGUAGAAAAUGAUACACCAACAGAAUCAAAUAUCCCCUCAAGGGAUGGACGCUGGAAGUAUCCUUCCCAGAAACAGUUUUACAAUGCAACAACCAGAAACGGGAACAAAGUUAACAGGAAACUAAUUCCUCACAUUGUCCAAAUUCAUAACCAAGUUAAUGAGGAAGCUUGGCGCAGAGUGCUAGAAUAUGAAGACUUUCAUGACUGUGCCAAUCCAUUUUUAUCGCAUUUUUCUAACAAUAAGAAAAAGCUAUCGGUUAAAGCCAGGGUUCGCGGAUGGAUUGGCUACGAUCCGCCAUUUGACAGGCACGAUUGGUUGGUGGAACGGUGCGGUACCCAAAUCAGAUAUAUUAUUGAUUUUUACAAGGGUGUGCCCAGUAAGAAUAUGCAAAUUGACUCUGGAAACAAUGAUAUAAAUGACGAAAUUAGUAUCUAUAUGGAUGUUAGACCCGCGCCUACGAUCGGUGGAAUUAUUGAUAGGUUGAGGAUGAGUUAUAAAAAAAAAAUUCGGUCCUAG